GUAAAAAUUUAAAAAAGAUAACGGUGCAUUGAAGUUUGUUUUUUUAUAGCUCGCGCAUGCGCUUUGUGAAUGUUAUAAGUUUAACAUAGCUUGAUGUGUGAUUAACAUAUUCUACGUUUUUUGCGGAAAUUGUGAAGACAUGGAGCUGGUGUCUCUGGUGAAGGAGGUAUUCCAGAGCGCGGCGGAGCAUGCUGCGUCGUACCGGCUGGGCCAGUCCGCGCUGCGGCACGUUGACCGCACACUGUGGGUUGUAGAGAAGUGUGCCAGAUGGGCUGUGCCUCCUCCAUUGGAUCAAGAUGAACGUCCCCAACCGGAGCUGGUCCGGCCUCUACCGUGGGUGUUCUUCCUAGCCAUGAUAGUGUGGCUGCGGGUCACCAGAGAGACCAUAUCCUUGCUCAACCUCGUCAUGGGGAAGCCACCCUUGAGAUCUGCUGAUGUGGUGAUGUACAUCCAAAGCAAGCGUCGCUACUUACGAACCCUGAAGUACCAGGGCAACCGCAUGAUGCGAGCCCGCAGCAGCACCGCGCAGCACUCCUGGGCGGACGCCCUGCACGAGCUCAUGCACUUCACCAUGUGCUUCCGAAGACAGGAGCAUUACGGGAACAAUAAUACUACCAGGAUUAGUAAUAAUGAUGAAGUGCUGGUAGUAAAGCGCAGCAAACGCGGUCGCGAGCACACGAGCCCCGCGGCCUCCACCAGUGAGACCACCAUGGAGCGGCUCAUUGAGAAGAUGAUGGUAGACCUCGACGCUGACUCCGAUGAGGACUCCAGCUUCACGUUAACAAACGUAACCAGCCCAAAGAGUGAUCGUUCAGACUUCACGGCAGAGUCAGACCAAGACACGGUAUAUUACAACAACGGUACUACCAAGCAGGCAGCACAAAACAGCCAUAUCGAUUCACCAUUCUCGCCAAACAUGUCUGAAGUACCCUGUUCUACUCCUGAGAGGAAUGAUACGCGGCCAAAGGGGACUUCAACUCCUCCUGAAGGAGAUAAAGUGAAUGAAAACACUCGGGAAGGGGAAAAGUUGAAUGAAACUCCCAUAACAGGGGAAAAGUUGAAUGAAACGCCCGUUGUAGGGGAAAAGUUAAAUGAAACACAGCCUGCAGGGGAUAAAUUGAAUGAAACACAUCCUAUAGGGGAGAAAUUGGAUGAAACCCUCACCCUACAAGAAUCAAUUAAAGAAGAAAAUCAAAAGUCGCCCGAAAUCUCGCCUUCAAAGAUCCCGCGAACGCCCAAUAAUGAACAGAAAAUCGCCAAUGGGCGAACGGUUAAGAGUGUGCCCAGCAAAAAGAAAGGUACAAUAGCUGAGAAGGACAGAAGAAACUCGGACAUGCACGUCGGAAAAACCAUACCAUCAAACAAUACUUUGUAAGGAGGAUAAAAAGUAAAUCUCGCACAGUCAAUCAUAGGACGCUGCCGUGCAGUACGUUGUUAAUUUAAGUUUAUUCAUACGUAUAAUGCCUUGUUAAACUUACGCCUGUACAUUUUAAUGCAACAGUCACGUACCAUUAUGGCUACUCUGAAAUACUCAACAAAAACAUAUACUUGUCCUGUACAUACUUACUAAAUAAGUUAUAUCAAGUUUUACUUAUACAGACACACAAAUAUUUCAGAGCAGUCAAGAUGUUCAAAAUUUUAUGAUAAAUAGGUAAUACUCAGCUUGACAGAAAAAUUGCAUUAACGCUUGUAAAAACUGUCAUGGUAAUUCAAAUAUUAUGUCCUUUUUGCAAAUAUCGCACAUAAAAUGCAUUUUCCGUGUUCGUCAAUGUCGCAAGUCGUGUUAAGUGGCAAUUAGGGUGUUAAUGUAAGUAAUUAGCACUCUUUAUCCUGAUGGAUUAUUAUGGUGAUCUAAGUGAUGUGACUUAAAAUGUAUUGCAGUUUCCAUCUUUUAUUUACUCUAUUUGAAUGCUUUUUUAAUGUUCGAUGUAAUUUUCUGUAGUACUAUCUGCACACGCAUAAGAAUCAAGAAGUGACUGUGGUAUAGUUCUCAAUGAGAAUUACUGGAGAAACAAUAUUUUAUUUUAAAUGAGAAAAAAGACAUCUGCUCCUUUUAACGUUAAUUUAAAUAAAAAAACUAUAUGUAACUAUAUUAUAUGUUGUAAUUUUCACAACUCUGAUAAAUGAUGAAUAAACAUAUAAAUGGUAAUAACGAGUGAUCAUCUACCGUUUCGAUAAUAAGUAAUACGCAAUAAACUUUCACGUUUUCCAUUAACUAGUGUGUAAAUGUAAAUAUACCUUCAGAUAACAUACAAGUCUUUACCGACGGAUGCUGAAGAUAAGCGCACUAUGAAUAUUUAUGACUGUAUAAGUAUGUGUUUUCUAUUUCUUUUUCUUUUCUAUUUCUUCAAGAAUCUCGCAAAAAACUAUUACUCAUUUUGUAUUUUUUUACUUCUGCUCUCCUCGUACUUUUUCCAAGAAUUAUCUUCUUCUAAUUUCCCGGAAUGAUCCUAAGUUAAAAAGUGUGAAUUUAAGGCCUGUUUUACUAAGUUUUAAAAGUUGUAACUAUUUGCCCGCUUGGGUUUCUAAUGUAGUUGGAGUUCCUUUCGUAAUCAAUUUAUGUUUUAAUGUAUAUCAUUUUAUUGUAAGUCAGUAAGUUUACAUAAGUUAAGGCGGCAAAAUUAUAAUCACAAACAGGUUAAUAUAACAUUUUCGACAAUUAA